AUGUCUGGCCAACUCGAGGAACAAGAGAAAAGUUCACUGGACCGCUAUGAUCAAGAGGCCAGCACUGAAGGCACAGCCAGCCCUCACAACGAGAAGGAGGAGGAACCACCAGCUCGCUCUGUCCACGGCUACAAAUGGGCUCUUGUCUGCAUCUCGCUCUAUCUGAGUUCUUUCCUGUAUGGUCUCGACACGACAAUCGCAGCCGAUAUUCAGGCUGCCGUCAUUGAAGAAUUCGACGAUGUGUCCCAACUCACGUGGAUCGGCACCGGGUUUCCCCUAGGAUCGGUCUCCAUGACGCUACUGAUGGGCUCUUGCUUCUCGAGGUUCGACAUGAAGUGGCUCUAUAUUGGCUCAUUUCUUGUCUUUGAAGCUGCAUCAGCGCUCUGCGGUGCGGCGCCCGAUAUGAACGCUUUGAUCGUUGGACGUGUGAUUGCUGGCUUGGGAGGCUCCGGCAUCUACCUUGGGAACCUGAACUACUUCUCUGUCUGCACGACAAAUAAAGAACGCGGCACAUACAUUGCUGGUGUCGGUUUUAUUUGGGGCCUUGGAAGUAUUCUGGGACCCGUAAUUGGAGGUGCUUUCUCGAUAAGCUCUGCGACAUGGAGAUGGUCGUUCUACAUCAAUCUUGUCUUCGCAGUGGUCUGCGCACCAGUCUACCUAUUCUACCUGCCAUCCGUCUCACAACAACCAAACGUACCGGUCGUGCAGAAGUUGAAGACCAUAGACUGGGUUGGCGCUCUACUCUGGAUGGGAUUCGUCAACGCCUUCACCAUCGUACUCACCUUCGCGGGCAACGCCUGGCCAUGGAAGGACGGCCGGACCAUCGCCACCUGGAUCGCCUUCGGCGUUGUACUUGCCAUCUUCAUCGUUCAGCAGUACUUUGCCCUCCUCACUACAAAGGAGAACAGGAUCUUCCCAGGCCAUUUGAUGAACUCCCGCUCGCAGAUCCUUCUGUACAUGGGCACUGCAGCCGCGACGACGAACCUGUUCGUACCGACCUACUACAUCCCGAUAUUCUUUCAAUUCACAAAUGGUGACUCGGCGAUCAUGGCGGCUGUGCGAUUGCUACCGUUCAUCUUGGUGCUCAUUGCAGUCAACAUGAUCUCUGGCAUAGUGCUGCCUCGCAUCGGAUACUACUGGAUCUUGUACCUCACCACGGGCGUCUUUAUGGUCAUCGGCGGCUCCCUGAUGCUGACCGUAGACAUCAACACGGGCGCCGGCAACAUCUACGGCUACUCCGUUCUCAUCGCCAUUGGCUCUGGCUUGACGAUCCAGACUGGAUAUGCUGUGGCUACCAUGAAGCGAGGCUUGGAUGGAUAUCCUGAGGACGUGCCCAACGUGGUGGCAUUCCAGAACACCGCUCAGCUGGGCUCCACUCUCAUAGCCCUCGUAAUCUCCGGCCAAGUCUUCCAGACUUUCGCCUUCAACGGCCUCUCGCGCGUCCUCGCCGGCCUGAAUCUCACCGACCAAGAAAUCCGCAGCGCCAUCUCCGGUACCCACAGCGCGGUCUUCGAGUCUUUGGACGCUGCGCAGCGAGAAGGAGCUUCCGGAGCUGUGACGUCUGCGAUUGGGAGGGUUUGGGCACUGAGUGCUGCGGCCGGGGUCGUUUCGCUGGUCAUUGCGCCGUUUAUGAAGAAGGAGAGGUUGAUGGGCUUGCAGGCUUCUGCUGGAGGUGGUUGA